GCGGAAGUUGUUGGCUGCUUCUUGCACAGCAGCAGCUAGCCUUAGCCGGGUAAUUACUCCCCCUUGUAUGUUUGGAUACUGUCACGGGCGGAUUAUGCAGAAAACCCUUUGAAAUGCCUACAAGAUGAAGCUGCAACACCCGGGGGAAUGAUUUUCACCUGGAUUGCCUCUGAAAACGAGGACACGUUGCCGUAAAGAAACCCGGAAGUGUUGAUCAAGGCCCCCUCAGCUGGUGACAGGAUGAGUGGUAAAUAUGGCUUGGUGGGCUACAACAGUUCGCGGAAGCACAUCUCCAUCUCCAUCCCCUCGUCCUCAGAGCAGGUCAUGUCUCCUCACAUUAAGUCUGUGGAGGAGCUCAGGGUCCUGGGCAUAAACCUGAGCAGCUUCGGCGCACCCACACAGUUUCUCAUCUGUGUGGCUGGGGUCUUCCUCUUUUACCUCAUCUAUGGAUAUCUGCAGGAGCUGAUAUUUUCUGUAGAGGGAUUCAAGCCUUUUGGUUGGUACCUCACCCUGGUCCAGUUUGGGUUUUACUCCACGUUUGGACUCGUUGAGCUUCAGCUGACACAGGACAAACGCAGAAGGAUACCAGGAAAGACCUAUAUGAUAAUUGCAUUUUUAACAGUGGGCACCAUGGGCCUGUCAAAUACCUCUCUGGGCUACUUGAAUUACCCCACGCAGGUCAUCUUCAAGUGCUGUAAACUAAUACCUGUUAUGAUUGGAGGAGUGUUUAUACAAGGUAAACGGUAUAACUUGGCAGAUGUGUCUGCAGCCUUAUGCAUGAGUUUGGGUCUAAUCUGGUUUACAUUAGCUGACAGCAAAGUAGCCCCAAACUUCAAUGUUACAGGUGUCAUCCUCAUUUCGUUGGCCUUGUGUGCUGACGCUGCUAUUGGAAAUGUGCAGGAAAAGGCAAUGAAACUGCAUAAUGGCUCCAACUCUGAAAUGGUGCUUUAUUCAUACUCCAUUGGCUUUGUGUACAUCCUCGUAGGCCUGCUCUGUGUGGGCGGGCUGGGGCCGGCUGUGGCCUUUUGCUCCGAGCACCCUGUAAAAACAUACGGUUAUGCAUUCCUGUUCUCUCUUACGGGUUACUUCGGCAUCUCCUUCGUGUUGGCCUUGAUCAAACUUUUCGGCGCCUUGGUUGCAGUGACAGUGACCACUGGACGGAAGGCCAUGACUAUUAUACUCUCCUUCAUGUUCUUCACAAAACCUUUCACUUUUCAAUACAUUUGGGGUGGCCUUUUGGUGCUCUUUGGCAUCUUUUUGAAUGUUUACAGUAAAAACAAAGACAAAAUGAAGCUUCCCUCAAUCAAGGACCUCAGGAGUUGGCUUGUAUCAGGAAAGAAAGUCAGAUUUCUCUCUCAAAAUGUGUAGGACCACAAGGGAGACAGAUAUUGGUGGGUCCAUUUGAAUCAGUGGAUGAGCUGCAUCUACACCCCAGAACUCUUUAGCAUUAACUAUGAGCCAAGGACGGGUCACUGGUCUGACCCCUCUCUCUCAAACGGCUGUGCCAUCCCACUCUCCUCAUACACCACCGGUGUAGGACUCAAGGACUGAAGGGCCGCUGUGGACAGAGCAACUAGAGAGUUUGGAAACUGACACAAACAUUCCUGUCAUGGAGGACAAUAUGAGACUGUUGAAGCUCAAAAGGGAAGCCAGGGCCUUAGCUAACCAAAUUGCAGAGUUUGCACUGGAAUAGACUUGCAUCUUUAUACAGUUCAGUUACUGUAACUGAAGCGUCUGAGUGAAGGAGUAAAAACGCCACGUAAAGUAACAGUUGUGAAGUGAAUGUGUGUGCGCUGUGGGACAAACAGCUCACAGUGAUAAAGGAAAGCUGCUUCCGCAUGUGCCACAAAACACCUAAUCAUUGUCUUGAAACGAAGAUUUUUCACUUAAUAAUUUAUACCUGACUGUUCUGAGAUGUGUUGUGUACAUAUACUACAUACUGUAUGGUGAUAAUGGGAGCAUGAAGAAUCUGCUCCAUUCUAUAUCAACAACUGCCUAUUUGUUAACCAUUGGGUUAAAGGGUACCACUGUUUUAAUAAAAACAAAUGUUA